GCAGGCCUGUUAUUCCUUCCUAACUUAGCCCUCUGGUGUCAUGCUGCGUCAGUUGCUGUGUGUCUGUCUCCCCAGCCUCGGUCCAACUGUCUGGGCUGGAAUGCCAACACGCCCGGUGGACGGGCGGGGAGGGGUUGCAGGAGGGCGAUUGUAUUUUUAACGGUGGCGCACGGAAGCGUCAGCCGUGCAUUGGAUCCUAACGCUGUCCAUGGUUGCCUCGGCAAUCUAAUGUCCACUUCACCCCUCCAGUCCCGUCCAAGUGGAGCACACCUCGAACUGUUCCUGGGUUUGACCGAGCGUAGCCUCCGCUGACCCCAGAGCAGAGGGACCCCCCUGUGACCCGGUGAGCCCAACCCCCCCCCCCCCCCCAACGGUGAAGCCAUCCUCAUCAUCCGGUGUCUCGGAGGAAGACCGACCGAGAGAGAGAGAGAGAGAGAGAGAGAGAGAGCGAGUGCGACAGAGAGAAAGACUUUUUGUGGUCUCUCGCUCUACAUGCCUCACCACAGUCCGUGAAGACUGAACCAGAAAGCUGAGCGGGCGUCACCUGGAGGAGGAAGAGGAGGAGGAGGAGGAGGAGGAAGGUCAUGGACUCCCUGGACGACCGUCUCCCGGAGACCCGGGCGGAGCGCAUCGCCCGCUACAAGGCCGAGCGGCGGCGGGAGCUGGCCGAGCGCUUCGGAAGCACGGAGGAGCUGCCCUCCAAGUGGGGGAGGAGGGAGGGGGAGGACCCCUCCGUCACCGGGACGACCGGCGCCGUCAACGGCAAGGCGCGGGACGUUGCCAACGGUUACCAGGAGGCUGCGGCGGAAGGGUCUGCGUGCCUGAGGAGCAGCCAAGAUGGCGGUCCGAGCGCCGCCUCCCUCGACCUGGCGGUCAAACCGGGCGCCGACGGCGGGGGGGGUCGCCGCCGCACCCGCCGCUACCUCCCCGGCGCGUCCGGGGGCGGGCGCAAGACCGGCGAGCGUUUCAGGACCCAGCCCAUCACGGCCAAUGAGAUGCAGGAGAGCAGUGGGCUGCUGGAGGCGGAGGAAGAGGAGAACCCCAAAGCUGAUGUGAAGACGGAUGACAGAGCCAAGAUGAGUGUAGCAGCCAAGAUGUCUUUAUUUAAAGAGCUGGAGAAGACGGCCGCCCCCGAGUCCUCGGCCUUCCUGAAGCCGCGCUCCGGGAGCCUCUGUCUGGAGCGCAGGGCUCGCCAUGGCAACGAGAACCGCUCCCUCACCCAGCCGAUCACCUGCGAGGAGAUGGUGGCCAUCAGAUCACAACCUGCCCCUCCGGCCCCAGACCUGCAGGCCUCAGAACCUGAGGAGGAGGCCGACGAGAGCUGCCGGCUCAGUGUGAGCCAGAAGCUGGCCCUCUUCAACAACCUCUCCCUGCCCGGCAUGAGCAGCAGCAGCAGCAGCCAGGGGCCCCGGCCCCCACCGGGGGCCCCCCCAGAGAGGAGGAGGCAGAAGGGGGCCCGUUAUCGCACGCAGCCCAUCACUGUGGAGGAGGUCAGCAUGCUCCAGAAAGGCCCGGUGCAGCUCCCGGCGUUCUGCCUGGCGCCCCACCUCUCGGACCGACAGCAGGCCCUGUCCGUCAACCUCAAGCCCAGCGAGCUGCGCCUCUCCACGCCCGACGUGCGGCCCGCCAGCCCCCCGGAGCCCGGCGCCGGCCCCCCGCCGCCCCGCACCGGCCUGUCCCGCUCCGAGUCGGAGCCCGCCAUCAGGGGCAUCCUGAAGAAGAGCCGCUCGGCCGCGGGCGCGGCGUGGAGACCGGGCAUGGCGGCGGCGGCGGCGGUGGUGGCGGGGGGGCCGGGGCAGAACGGCGGUGGCGGUGGCGUGGAGGACCCCGGUGCCGGCCGGGAGGAGGAGGAGGAGAAGGUGGAGGUGGUGGAGGUGGGGAGGCAGGCAGCACCGGUGCCGGUGCUGCCUCCGAGGAGGCAGAGGAACCGAGGCUCGGCCGCACCCUGGCGCCAGAGGGCUCCCGCCGCUGACACGCAGGUCGACGCCGGGCCGUCUGAGAAACCCCCCACGGACCCUCGAGGCCUCCCCCAGGAGGAGAAGAGCCAGCAGGACGAGGCUGGCCCCGCCUGUCUCUCCUCCGGACCCAGCGCCGCUGGGGGACCCAGGGAGGGGGCUGAGGAAGAGCGACUGCGUAACGAGAGGCCACACCCAUCCGGCGGUCGUGUCCGGGUCACCCUGGCUGAGGGCGGCACCCUGACGCAGCAGACGGAGCCCCCCGCCGACACCAAGGAUGAGAAUGACAACUGCACCCUUCACCAAGACACAGUGGACCAUCUCUGCUGGGACCCAGUCUUUGCCUCUGUGUAUUCUAGCAGACCACCUCAGUAUGUCAUGUGUUUCAACCAGUCUAACCUGUCCUUCGAGGCACAGGAAGUGACCUCGCCUGCCCGGGUCCAGCCCCAGUGGAGGAAGAAGGCGCAGGGUAAAACCCUGGAGGGCGAGUCCCCCCCUCAGAGAGAGGAGGAGGAGGAGGUGGAGGAGGUGGUGGAGAAGGGGGUGGUGGAGGAGGAGGAGGAGCAGAGUGCGUCCGCCCGUCCGGACACAGAAGAGCCAGCGAGCGCCGGGGAGAGCAAGGAGAGCGAAGCCUGGACUCCGAUGGCUGCGGCCGCACGCAUGGCCAAGAGAGGUCUCGGCUCUCCGGAACCAGACAAACACGACGCCUUGGAGAACAAGAGGCCGUCUGCCACGACCUGUCCCUCUGAAGACCAGUGGGGUCCGGGCCCCUCCCAAACCGGGGGCCCCCAGGAGGAGGCGGAGGGGGCGUCGCCCCCGGCCGCCCCCCGGGAGACGGGCGGCUGUUUCUACGGCGACCUCUCCUCCCCGCCCGCCGCCUGCGUCCCGGCGCACCCAGAGGGGCGGUCCGCCCCGGAGCCCCAGCCGGACCUGGGGGUCUUCUGCCAGACCAGCACGGCCAUCCUCAGCUCGGCGGUGACGGAGCACCGGCGGGCCGUGCGCCCGUCCCGGCGCUCCCAGGGCUCCAGGAACCCCCUGAGGGCGCUGGCCGCCCGGGCCGACAUCAACCAGGACCACAUGGGGGACCACGGCGACCCCAACGGGACGCCCGACGAGAGCGCCGCCGUGACGGGCCAGAAGAAGGCUAACAACUCCCACUCGCGCCAGAACAGCAAAGAGAAGGUGGUUUCCUCCAAUGAUGUCAUCGACACCAACCACGCCCCCUUCAAGAGCCUCAUGCUCCUUCAAAUUAAAGGCAGGAAGCGGGUCCAGACCCGGCUGGUGCAGCCCACUGCAGGCUCCCUGAACAGCGGAGACUGCUUCCUGCUGGUCACCAAGGAGAACUGCACCCUGUGGAGCGGAGCGCUCGCCAACGCUGCCGAGAAGGCCAAGGCUGUGGAGCUGUCCGCCUACGUCCAGAGCCACGGGGACCUGGGCUGCCGGGCCCCCCAGUCCCUACACCUGGAGGAGGGGCUCAACGCCGACAGCAGCCUGGCGGCAGACUUCUGGAGCCUUCUGGGGGGAAGGGGACAGUACAGAGGGGCGGGGCCUCCGGAGGAGGACGAGCAGUAUGAGCGGGGCGUGGUGGAGUCCAACUGCGUCUACGGGCUGCAGGACAACAGGCUGGUGCCCCAGGACCAGGCCUGGGCCGCCGUACCCAGUGUGGCCCUGCUGGGCCCCGCCCAGGCGCUGGUGUUUGACUUCGGCAGCGAGGUCUACCUGUGGCACGGGACGGACGUGUCCAUCGCCAACAGGAAGGUGGCGCUGCACCUGGCCGAGCAGGUGUGGGGCGGAGCCUAUGACUACAGCAACUGCAGCGUCAACCCGCUGGACCCCUCCCACAGCUGCCCCAGCAUCCAGCUGCGGGGCGAGGGGCGGCCCAGCUGGGCUCUGUUUGGGGUCAUCUCCCAGCACUGUGAGACGGCCCUCUUCAGGGAGAAGUUCCUGGACUGGCCCAGUGGGGCUGCCAGCCAAGAGGAGCCCAGGCCACCACUGGAGGGCCCAGCGCAGUCAUCUGCAGGCCUGUCGGCGACGCCAACGGCAACGGCGACGACCACGGCAACACCCAUGGCAACGCCCACGGCGACGACCACAGCAACGCCCACGGCAACGCCCACGGCGACAACACCGGCAGAGGACACCUUGUGCCCCUGCGAUGCCAAGGCCCUUCUGAUGGGACAGGGGUCCCCCCGGGACUCCCAGACCGGGCCCCAUGGGGCCGUCCCUCUGGACGGAGGACGACGGGCGGGGCUGGAGACGGUUGCCGUGGAGACGUGGCUGGUCCAGGAGGGGGACGACGGCGGGGUCCCCGUGGAGAGCGACGGGCAGCUCCACGAGGGGGAGUCGUACGUCGUGCGCUGGACGUACACCGCAGGUAAGGGCAGCAGCCCAGAGGACACGAACAGGAAGGAGAAGACUGUCUACUUCCUGUGGCAUGGACGCCACUCCCCCAUCAGUGGGCGGAGUCCCGCCUCCUUCCUCUCCAUUGGGCGGAGGAGUGAGGAAGACUCCCAGGUGGUGGUGCCCCAGGGUCAGGAGCCCCCCUGCUUCCUGCAGCUGUUCGGCGGGGGUCUGGUCACUCACAGGGGGAGGCGGGACUCCCAACCACCCCCCCCAGCCGCGUGGAGGAUGUUCUGCGUGCGAGGGCAGCGCCCGGACGAGGCCUCCCUGCUAGAGGUGGACUGCUGCUGCUCAGGGCUCCGCUCAAGAGGCGCUGUAGUUCUCCUCAACGGCCAGCAGGAGCCGCUGUUCCUGUGGCACGGCGGUAAAGCGCACGCCAGCUCCCGCGAAGCGGCCAAGAGAGCUGUGGAUCGCCUCAAUCAAAGCCUAAAGGUCCUGGUGGUAGAGGAGGGAUCAGAACCUGCCGAGUUCUGGACGGCCCUCGGAGGGCAAGACCGGAAGGCCUACGACUGCAUGCUACAAGACCCGGGGAAGUACAACUUCACGCCGCGGCUCUUCCACCUGAGCGUCCACGACGGCGCCUUCCAGGGGGAGGAGCUUCAGAGCCCCGCCCGCCUGCCGGGGGUCACCAUGGCGAUGCCGUUCGUCCAGGAGAGCCUGUCUUCUGCCCCGCGGCCGGCCUGGUUCCUGCUGGACAACCGCCUGGAGGUGUACCUGUGGCAGAGUGGCCCGGCGGCGGACCCUGGGAGCGGCGCCCCGGCCUGUAGCCGCGGGGCUAACGCACGGCGCUGCGCCAUGCAGACCGUGCUACAGUACUGCAAAGAGUUGAACCCCAGGCGCCCCCCCAUGGCCUACCUCAUCUCCGAGGGAACGGAGCCCCUCACCUUCACCAACGUCUUCCCCCACUGGGAGAGGAGGCCCAGCACCAGCACACAGGGGGACACGGGGCCCGCCAAGCUGGUCCUGGUGCAGGACGCGCUGGCCCAGCUCCCCACGGUCCCCCACGCCGCCGGGGGCCUGCUGCCCGACGGGACGAACCCCCAGCCCCAGGAGGUCUUCCUGCCCGACCACGACUUCCAGGCCGUGACGGCGGUGGAGCCUGAGGACGACUCGCUGGCCGCCCGGACGCAGGAAGACGUCGAGAAGAGCAAAGAACUGCUUGUGUAGGAAGGCCUCCAGAAGUGACUGUGACUCCCCAGCAGGGCUCUACAUUGAGCAUAUAAGGGAGAGGUGUAUGCUAGGACGAUAACCUGCCUUGGCCCAAUGGACUGCUUCGCCCCCCCAUCACCAAAGAAUAUGGAUUAUCUAUGUCAUCUGAGAGUCAGAGAUUACCCAAUUUUUGUAUUUUCUUUUUCUUUCGGAGACAACCAUUGUGUGCACAUGUUUUCGGUGGCUGUAUGUGUGUGUGUGUGUGUGUGUGUGUGUGUGUGUGUGUGUGUGUGUGUGUGUGUGAGUUCAUGCGUGAGUCCUCUAUAAGUUUGGCACCUAAAAGGCCUUAAUGUGUUGAGAGCCAACCGCUCUUCCAGUGUUUCACGGACCGACUUUUUUCUUCUUCUGCCCGAGUUCUGUCCGGGUGAAUGGGCUUCCUAACCGACAUGGUGUUCUGAAGAGCAAUUAUUUAAAAUGGCAGCAACAAAGAUCACAGAGUCCAAAUAGAUUUUCUUAAGAAAGUUACAUUUAUCUGUACAAAUCAAUGAGAAAAGACAAUUCAGGUGGGGGGGAGGGACAAAAUAAUGAUAUCAGUAACAAACUGAGCUGAGGACAUGACAGAAAAGAGUGCUUACAAAUAAAGAAAACGCUAAUGAAACUAAAUAAAAAUGGUGACCGCUUUAA